UGUUCAAAAUGUUUGCCCACCUUCUGGUAUGAUGUGAGAUGAGGCCUUCCCCGAUUCUACAGACACCAUGAGAUUUAAUCCAGAGACUGGCUUCACUAUAGGAACAUCCACGGUUGUAUCAAUGGUUGGGGAACGAUAGUGGCAACAGACAGACAAAGGAAAAACAGCUCUGACAUACGAAGAAAAUGAGUAUGCUAAAACCGAGUGGGCUGAAGGCCCCCACCAAGAUCCUUAAACCUGGAAGCACAGCUUUGAAGACACCUACAGCUGUUGUAGCUCCAGUAGAAAAAACAAUAUCCAGUGAAAAAGCAUCAAGCACUCCAUCUUCUGAGACUCAAGAGGAAUUUGUGGAUGACUUUCGAGUUGGGGAGCGAGUGUGGGUGAAUGGAAAUAAGCCUGGAUUUAUCCAGUUUCUUGGAGAAACCCAGUUUGCACCAGGCCAGUGGGCUGGGAUUGUUUUAGAUGAACCAAUAGGCAAGAAUGAUGGUUCAGUGGCAGGCGUUCGGUAUUUCCAGUGUGAACCUUUAAAGGGCAUAUUCACCCGACCUUCAAAGUUAACAAGGAAGGUGCAAGCAGAAGAUGAAGCCAACGGCCUGCAGAUGACGCCUGCUUCUAGAACCGCUUCACCUCUGUCCACUUCUGCCGCCAGCAUGGUGUCCUCCUCCCCAGCCACCCCCUCAAAUAUCCCCCAGAAGCCAUCUCAGACAGCAGCAAAGGAGCCUUCAACUACACCUCAGAUAAGCAACCUUACAAAAACUGCCAGUGAAUCUAUCUCCAACCUUUCAGAGGCUGGCUCAAUCAAAAAAGGAGAAAGAGAGCUCAAAAUUGGAGACAGAGUGUUGGUUGGUGGCACUAAGGCUGGCGUAGUCCGAUUCCUCGGGGAGACAGACUUUGCCAAGGGCGAGUGGUGUGGUGUGGAGUUAGAUGAGCCUCUUGGGAAGAACGAUGGUGCUGUAGCUGGAACAAGGUAUUUUCAGUGUCAACCCAAAUAUGGCUUGUUUGCCCCUGUCCACAAAGUUACCAAGAUUGGCUUCCCUUCCACCACACCAGCCAAAGCCAAGGCUGCUGCAGUGAGGCGAGUGAUGGCGACCACACCCGCCAGCCUGAAGCGCAGCCCAUCUGCCUCCUCCCUCAGCUCCAUGAGCUCAGUGGCCUCCUCUGUGAGCAGCAAACCCAGUCGGACAGGACUGUUGACUGAAACCUCCUCCCGUUACGCCAGGAAGAUCUCCGGCACCACUGCCCUCCAGGAGGCCCUGAAGGAGAAGCAGCAGCACAUUGAGCAGCUGCUGGCUGAACGGGAUCUGGAGAGGGCGGAGGUGGCCAAGGCCACGAGCCACGUGGGGGAGAUAGAGCAAGAGCUAGCUCUGGCCCGGGACGGACAUGACCAGCAUGUCCUGGAAUUGGAGGCCAAGAUGGACCAACUACGAACAAUGGUGGAAGCUGCUGACAGGGAGAAGGUGGAGCUUCUCAACCAACUUGAGGAGGAGAAAAGGAAGGUUGAGGACCUUCAGUUCCGGGUUGAAGAAGAAUCGAUUACCAAAGGUGAUCUUGAGCAAAAGAGCCAGAUUUCUGAAGAUCCUGAGAAUACGCAGACCAAACUGGAGCAUGCCCGCAUUAAGGAGCUUGAACAGAGCCUGCUCUUUGAAAAGACCAAAGCUGACAAACUCCAGAGGGAGUUAGAAGACACUAGGGUGGCUACAGUUUCAGAAAAGUCUCGUAUAAUGGAACUAGAGAAAGACCUAGCAUUGAGAGUACAGGAAGUAGCUGAGCUCCGAAGAAGGCUAGAGUCCAAUAAACCUGCUGGGGAUGUGGAUGUGUCACUUUCCCUUUUGCAAGAGAUAAGCUCUUUGCAAGAAAAGUUAGAAGUCGCUCACACUGACCACCAGAGAGAAAUAACUUCUCUGAAGGAGCGUUUUGGAGCCCAGGAAGAGACUCAUCAGAAGGAGCUAAAGGCACUUUUUACUGCCACAGAGAAACUUUCCAAAGAGAACGAGUCACUGAAAAGCAAGCUUGAUCAUGCCAACAAAGAGAACUCAGAUGUGAUAGCUCUGUGGAAGUCCAAACUGGAGACUGCCAUUGCAUCCCACCAACAGGCAAUGGAAGAGCUGAAGGUGUCCUUUAGCAAAGGGGUUGGAUCAGAGACAGCAGAAUUUGCUCAGUUAAAAACACAAAUAGAGAAAAUGAGACUAGAUUACCAGCACGAAAUCGAAAAUUUACAGAAUCAACAAGAGACAGAACGGUCUGCUCAUGCAAAAGAGCUGGAAGCCUUGAGGGCUAAACUGAUGAAUAUCAUUAAAGAAAAGGAGAACAGUCUGGAAGCCAUCAAAUCAAAACUGGACAAAGCAGAAGACCAGCAUCUAGUAGAAAUGGAAGACACGCUAAACAAAUUACAGGAAGCUGAAAUAAAGGUAAAGGAGUUAGAGGUACUGCAAGCCAAAUGCAAUGAACAAACCAAGGUUAUUGAUAGUUUCACAUCACAGCUCAAGGCUACUGAAGAAAAGCUCUUGGAUCUUGAUGUGCUUCGGAAAGCCAGUUCCGAAGGUAAAUUGGAAAUCAAGAAACUUAGACAGCAGCUUGAGGUAGCUGAGAAACAGAUUAAAAAUUUAGAGAUUGAAAAGAAUGCUGAAAGUGGCAAGGCUAGUAGCAUUACCAAAGAGCUCCAGGGGAAAGAGCUCAAGCUUACUAACCUUCAGGAAAAUUUGAGUGAAGUCAGUCAAGUGAAAGAGGCUUUGGAAAAAGAACUUCAAAUUUUGAAAGAAAAGUUUGCCAAUGCUGCAGAGGAGGCAGUCUCUGUUGAGAGAAGUAUGCAAGAAACAGUAAAUAAAUUACACCAAAAGGAGGAACAGUUUAACAUGCUGUCUUCUGAACUGGAGAAGCUGAGAGAAAAUUUAGCAGAUAUGGAGGCAAAAUUUAGAGAGAAGGAUGAAAGAGAAGAGCAGUUGAUAAAGGCGAAGGAAAAACUGGAAAAUGAUAUUGCAGAAAUAAUGAGGAUGUCAGGAGAUAAUUCUUCUCAGCUGACAAAAAUGAAUGAUGAAUUACGUCUGAAAGAAAGAUAUGUGGAAGAAUUACAGCUAAAACUUACAAAGGCUAAUGAAAGUGCAAGCUUUCUGCAGAAAAGUGUUGAGGAAUUGACUCUCAAAGCUGAACGCAGCCAGCAAGAAGCAGCUAAAAAUCAUGAGGAAGAAAGGAAAGAAUUGAAGGAAAAAUUGUUGGACCUGGAAAAGAAAAUGGAAACGAGCCACAACUAUUGUCAAGAUCUGAAAGCCAGGUAUGAAAAAGCCAGUUCUGAGGCACAAACCAAGCACGAAGAAAUCCUACAGAACCUCCAGAAGAUGCUGUUGGACACAGAAGACAAGCUGAAGUCUGCACAGGAAGAGAACAGCAGCUUGUUGCGGGAGAUGGAGGAACUGAAGAAACAUGCUGACGAAGCUAGAGCUGCUCAAACAGCAGAAGAUGCCAUGCAGAUAAUGGAACAGAUGACCAGAGAGAAGACUGAGACUCUAGCCUCCUUAGAGGACACCAAGCAAACAAAGGCAAAACUACAGAAUGAAUUGGACACACUUAAAGAAAACAACUUGAAAAAUGUGGAAGAACUGAACAAAUCAAAAGAACUUCUGUCUGUAGAGAAUCAAAAGAUGGAGGAAUUCAGGAAAGAAAUAGAAACCCUAAAGCAGGCAGCAGCUCAGAAGUCCCAGCAGCUUUCAGCAUUGCAAGAAGAGAACGUUAAACUUGCUGAGGAACUGGAGAGAAGCAGAGACGAAGUCACAAGUCACCAAAAGCUGGAGGAAGAAAGAUCUGUGCUCAAUAAUCAGUUGUUAGAAAUGAAAAAGAGAGAAGCUGAGUACAUAAAAGAUGCAGAUGAAGAAAAAGCUUCCUUGCAGAAAUCCAUCAGUAUAACUAGUGCCUUACUCACAGAAAAGGACGCAGAGCUGGAGAAACUGAGAAAUGAGGUCACAGUGCUCAGGGGAGAAAACGCCUCUGCCAAGUCCUUGCAUUCAGUUGUUCAGUCUCUAGAGUCUGAUAAGGUGAAGCUUGAGCUCAAGGUAAAGAACUUGGAGCUUCAACUUAAGGAAAACAAGAGGCAGCUCAGCAGCUCCUCAGGUAAUACUGAUACUCAGGCAGAAGAGGACGAAAGAGCCCAGGAGAGUCAGCAAAUGAUUGAUUUCCUAAAUUCAGUAAUAGUGGACCUUCAAAGGAAGAAUCAAGACCUCAAAAUGAAGGUGGAGAUGAUGUCAGAAGCAGCCCUUAAUGGGAAUGGGGAUGACCUGAACAAUUAUGACAGUGAUGACCAGGAGAAACAGUCAAAGAAGAAACCUCGCCUCUUCUGUGACAUUUGUGACUGCUUUGAUCUCCAUGACACAGAAGAUUGUCCUACCCAGGCACAGAUGUCUGAGGAACCUCCCCAUUCCACACACCAUGGCAGUCGGAGUGAGGAACGCCCAUACUGUGAAAUCUGUGAGAUGUUUGGGCAUUGGGCAACCAACUGCAAUGACGAUGAGACCUUCUGAUAAAGCCCCAACUAGGCUUUCUCACUAGCAUUUAAGCAAUUUAACACCAGCAUUGAGUGUGCAGACGUAAGGAGAACUCAUGUUAUUUUUGUUCCCCAUCAACAAAUCUAAGAAAAUAUUUUGAUCUUCAACAAAUAGUCCUUUAGUCUCACCUUAUAAGUGAGAAUAAUAAAUAAAUACUUAGUAGGUGAGUUUCACCUCUAAUUUUGUUUUCUUCAUUUUUAAGUUUGAAAACAUUGCACCAGAUGCCAUUACAUUUAUUGUCCCUAAACCUCAUAAAAAAAUCCUUACCCUUACAAUACUUUAUUUAAGUAACUUUAAAUUAUACUGUUACUUUUCAUAUUUGCACUAAAAUAUUUCCAGGCUGCAUUUGUAUAUUUAGAUUUUUUUGGUUAAGCUUUGACACUGGAAUGAGUUGAAAAAAUGUGCCAUUUUGCAUUUUCAUCUACUCAUUUAAAGUAUUUUAUUAUUUUUCAAAGAAAUAUCUGAGCUCUUUGCACUACCCAUUAUCAGUAGUGCCUUUAUUUCAGGCUUGAUGAUACUUAGGUGUGAUUAUAAAAAUCAUGAAACAGGUAAAGGGAGGGGGGAAGCCCCAGAACUGCUGUGGGGACAUAUUAUAAUCUAUAUGCUGCACCCACUUACUCUCCUGUGGUGUUUUGUUUAUCAGUUUUGCAUAAUUUCAGCUUCUAUAUAUUAUAUGUAUAUAUUUUUUAAAAAUCUAUAUUUUGGGAAACAACAUACACAAUGUGUCUUUCUUUUCAGAUAUUUACCUUUAUGGGAAAAAAAACACUUAAAAUGAUCAUCAGGACAUAACAGUCUAGGCCAGAAAUGGCAUCAUGUGGCUUUGCAAUUAUUUUGUUUGUUUGUUUUCCUUUUGUUUCUUUACCACAUUGAAAUAAUGGGAGGAAUUUUCUCCAAAUUGUUUUCCUUCUCUAGCAGAUAUCCCCAGCAGUCAACUACUGAUAAGCCACUAUAAAACACCUAAAUUAACCAAUCUAUAAUCUUCUUUUACAAGGUUUUUAAAAACUGUUUAUAGAUGAAUGUACGAUGAGAAAUUCAACAUUAAUAAUUUUGGAUUUUCUUAUCACAAAAAAUAAAAUGAAGGACCUCAAACAUCAGAACAGUUUAUCAACCAGUUUGAAUCUAUUUAUCUUCAUUUGAAUGUCUUUUAGAAUAUGUAAAAAGUAAUAAAAUGUAUCUUCCAUGCUACAUGUAUAAUAAGAACUUCUAUAACUGUAUAUAUGCCUUUGAUGUAUUUUUCCCUUAAGAUUAUCAAACUGUGUUUGACAAGUGAAUAGUAAAUAAAUCUGUUAUCAAUUGAAAUGUUUGGUUAUAAACAUAAUAGGAAUUGCUUUACAAACAGAAAACAUGUAAAGCAGUAUUAAAAUUUGAGCAAACAAGUGUUCUGUAUCUACUUUAAUAAAUGGUUAUUCUUUUUUGCCA